AAUCUACCACUGUCGAAGACAAAUAAAAUACAGCAAAGACAAGAUGUGGUAUUUGGCAAAAUUGAUACGAGGGAUGUCCAUUGACCAGGCUUUGGCUCAGUUGGAGUUCAGUGAUAAGAAAGGGGCACGCAUAAUUAAAGAGGUUCUCUUACAAGCUCAGGAUAUGGCAGUGAAAGACCACAAUGUGGAAUUCAGGUCCAAUUUGUAUGUAGCUGAGUCCAAGACAGGGCGUGGCCAGUGCCUGAAAGGCAUCCGCUACCACGGCAGAGGUCGCUUUGGGAUCAUGGAGAAGGUUUAUUGCCAUUAUUUUGUGAAGCUGGUGGAAGGCCCCCCGCCUGCCCCGGAGCCUCGGAAGACGGCCAUGGAGCACGCGAAGGAGUACGUGCAGCAGCUGCGCAGUCGGACCAUCAUCCACACUCUGUGAGGGCCUUGGCCUCUCCAGGGUGUGUGCGCUGCCCUUUAUUUUUAAAAAUAAAAAAAGAUUUAA